AUGGUGCAAGAAUACGACAUCGUGAUUGUGGGCGCUGGCCCUGUCGGCCUGCUGCUGUCCCUCUGCAUGUCCCGAUGGGGCUACAAGGUCAGACACAUCGAUAACCGCCCCGUGCCGACUGCCACCGGUCGCGCCGACGGUAUCCAGCCUCGCUCCACCGAGAUUCUGCGCAACUUGGGCCUGAAGCGCGCAAUCAUGGCCUACGAGCCCGCCAAGGUCUACGACGUCGCUUUCUGGGACCCCAAGGGCGAUGGCUCUGGUAUCGGCCGCACCGGCAGCUGGCCUAGCUGCCCCCGCUUCAUCGACACUCGCUACCCCUUCACCACCCUGGUUCACCAGGGUAAGAUCGAACGCGUCUUCCUCGACGAGAUUGCCAAGGCAGGUGUUCAAGUGGAGCGUCCCUGGACCAUUGUCGGCUUCAAGAACGACGGUGCCAACGCCGACUACCCUGUUGAGGUUAACCUGAAGUCUUUGGACACCAACGUGAUCGAGAAUGUGCGCACCAAGUAUCUCUUCAGUGGUGAGGGUGCUCGCAGCUUCGUUCGUGAGAAGCUUGAUAUCAAGAUCCACCACAAGGACCCCAUUGCCUACGUCUGGGGUGUCAUGGACGGUGUUGUCCGCACUAACUUCCCCGAUAUUGAGACAAAAUGCACCAUUCACUCCGAUGCUGGCUCCAUCAUGGUUAUUCCUCGCGAGGACAACAUGGUUCGCUUGUACGUUCAGAUUGCCUCAUCUACCGACGCCGACUGGAACCCCCGCAAGACCGCCACCGCCGAGGAAAUUCAGCAGACGGCCAAGAACAUCCUGAAGCCAUACUGGGUUGAGUGGGACCGUGUUGAGUGGUACUCCGUGUACCCCAUCGGUCAAGGUAUUGCCGAGAAGUACACCCUGGAUGAGCGCGUCUUCAUGGGUGGUGAUGCCUGCCACACCCACAGCCCCAAGGCUGGUCAGGGUAUGAACACUGCUUUCCACGAUGCCUUGAACAUGGCCUGGAAGAUCCACGCCGUGGAGAGCGGAUUUGCCGACCGUUCCAUUCUCAGCACAUACGAGAGCGAGCGCAAGGACAUUGCGGAGACUCUGCUCGACUUUGAUUCCAGAUACGCCGCGCUCUUCUCCAAGCGCCGCCCCAACGCCAAUGAGGUUUCUGCUAGCAAGGCCGUCAACUCUGAUGCUGAGGAGGAUGAGUUCGUCAAAACCUUCAAGUCUUCUUGCGAGUUCACCAGUGGAUACGGAGUUGCCUACAAGCCCAAUGUCUUCAAUUGGGAUGCCUCUCACCCUGCUAAAUCUUCUCUGUUCAACAUUCCCGAUGUUAAGUUGACUGCCGGUCGUGCCUUCACACCUACCACUGUGACCCGUCUUGCCGACUCCAACUUUGUCGAGUUGGAGCAGGAGGUCCCCGCAAACGGAUCGUUCCGUAUCUUCAUCUUCGCCGGUAACCAGAACAAGACCAAGAAGGCCAUUGCUGACCUGGCUGCCAACCUGGAGAAGGAGCGCUCAUUCCUCUCUGUCUACCGCCGGUCCGACAUUGCCGAUGUGUCCUUCUUUGAGCGUCACAAUCCUCACUCCAAGCUCUUCACCCUUUCCGUCAUCUACGCUGGCCCCAAGAAUGAGAUCGACCUCGACUCCAUUCCCCAGGUUCUGCGAGACUACCACCACCACCUCUACGCUGAUGAUAUUCCUGAUGUCCGUGUUCCCAACGCUCAAUUUUCUGCUCACGAGAAGCUCGGCAUCGACGCUGAGAAGGGUGGUGUUGUCGUGUGUCGCCCCGACAGCCACGUUGCCUGCACUUUGCAACUGGUGGAGGGCAGCGGCACCGCUGACGCCCUGAACGAGUACUUCAACUCUUUCUCUACCAAGCCUUUGGGCCAGGAUUCUCAGCAGAGCCGCCUUUAA